GCAAUUUCCCUCUCCCUCUCCCUCUCCCUCCCUCUUUAUUUCAAUCGAAUUCAGUGUAAACUACUUUCUUAUUCUCCAUCUCCAAAACAAUUCUCGUUUUGAUUCUUCGCUUUCUCAGUCUCUAAACUUUUAGAAGAAGAGUAAGCUAUGGCCGGGUCAUCGAAAUCAAUCCAACCGAAGCCAAGGAAGAGUGUGGAGGCCGAGACUGGAUCUGAGAGUGGCACUUCCUUGGUUCGAAGCAAGGACGGUAGUGCCUUCGCCCGCUGUGAUGAAUGCAACAAGGACGUGCCAGUGGCUCUUAUAAGCUUUCACAACUGUGGUAUGGAUGCUAAAAUCAAGAUGAACUUGGAGGCUCAAGUCAUAGAAAAGCCUGCUGAAGUUAAGAAGCCAACUGAGAGGAAGAAGCCCAGAUCGUCAGAGCCAAAAGCCAAAAAAGCUAAGUUGGAAAAUGGGAAGAAGCGCCCUCUCACUGCCUUCUUUAUCUUCAUGAAUGAUUUUAGGAAAACUUAUAAGGAAGCACAUCCAGAUUCUAAACUUGUUAAAGAGGUUGCAAAGCAAGGUGGUGAAAAGUGGAAGUCUAUGAGUGGUGAAGAGAAGAAGCCUUAUCUUGAUAAAGCUGCUGAGCUUAAGGCAGAGUAUGAGAAGGACUUGGAGAGUAACAGUGGUGAUGAAAUUGAUAACGAAAAUAAAAAUGAGGGUGAACAAGGUUCAGAUAAGGAAGUUGCAGAGGAGGUAGAAGACGAAGUGUCUCAUGAGGAGUAGAAUACUAUGGUUCUUGGAAUUUUGAUCUUUUUUAAGUUGAGACAACUCUCUGAUGGCUGCCCAUGGAGUAAUGUAAAUUUGGAUCUCCUUCUAUCUAUGUUAGGUCUCAAUCUAGAUGUUCAUGCUGUAUUGAUUUCUCUAGGUAACUAGUUAUUGUGCCAGUCAUCCAUUCAUAUGGCAUUCUUUGCACCUUUUAUGAAUGUUUUGAAUGCCUGUUAUGGAUUAAUACUGUCAGAAAGUAUUACUAGAAUGAUGGUGUAUGAUGGUACAAAUUUCUGAAGAAAAAUGUAGUCUUUUGUCAAUGAACAAAAACUGGGAUGAUGUUGGAGCUGUAAUUCUGAAUUAAGAAUUUAUAUUAUUCAAAAUGAAUUAUGAUAGAUUAAA